AUGUCGGCUGGGCGGAGUCCCGGUCUGAUUCGAAGAAUCUCCCGCGGCGCGCAUAACAGACUUCGACGCAGAGCGUCGACCAAUCACUCCUUGAGAAUGCGUGACCAGAGCGCAGGACCCGUUCUGGUGCGCCGCCGGAGUGACAGUAAUGGAGCAUCCGAUUUCGCGCAGGACGUGUCCGAUCUGGAUCUGGACAGUACCGCCGAGGAUGCUGGCGAGGAUGCAGCAUUCCCAUCUUCGGCGCACGAACGGACCAAUGCUCUUGGGAUCAAUGUUGGCCGGCCUAGUAUUGCACCCCGGACCACGAGCAUUUUUGAAGGUGGUAUCGCACCUGCGAGCUCGGCCGUGCUGGAAAACGGAACCUGGCUCACCAAAAUCACCAAGCGUAAUACUAAGCGUAUCAAGCUCUGGCUGGACUCCAGUUCGGCUCGGGUGUGCUGGCACUCCUCGAAGCCUAAUAAGUCGUUCUUUGUGGAUGACGUUCGAGAGGUACGUGUUGGUGUUGAAUCCAGGAAUGCUCGUGAUGAUGUACAAAUUCCGGAAGACCAAGAAGGUCGCUGGGUCACCAUUGUGUAUGAUGUGCCGGAGCGAUCGAAAGGUCGAGCCAUCAAGACCAUGCACAUCAUCAUGCCGGACGACUACAUCUUGAAGCUCUGGACCGAAGCAUUGAACAUUGUUACGCGGGAAAGAAUCGAAAUCAUGAAUGCACUUGCCUCGUCUCCAGAAAAGAGCGAGAAGAGCAUGACUCUGGCUUGGAGUCGAGUCAUGGCACGAAAAUCUGCCGGCAGCGCUGAGCGCUUCUCCUUGGACGAUGCGAGAUGGUUGUGCCGCAAACUGGAGAUCAACUGUACCGACUCCGCCGUCAAGACUCAUUUCAAAGCCGUGGCCAGUGACGAAGCUGCUGGAUUGGAUCACGAACAGUACCGCAACUUUGUUCGUUCAUUCCGUGAACGCAAGGACAUUCAAUACAUCUACAGGAACAUCAAGUUUGGUACCGAUCUCGAUAUGGACUUGACGACUUUCCUCGACUUCUUAAAGACCGAGCAGGCCGUCGAUGUUGUCAAGGAGCGGGCUCACUGGGAGAGUGUUUUUGACAAGUACUCGCGACCGUCUCAGAACAAGGCGUCACUCCCCGAUGCCGAGCAUAUUCCCGGACAGCGGACGCUCAACAUGCAAAGCUUCCAAAACUUCCUCACCUCCUCUCAUUGCUCGCCUUUGAUACAACGCAAGGGCGAGCCUACUACUCUCGACCGACCGCUCAACGAGUACUUCAUCUCCAGCUCACACAACACGUACCUCCUGGGACGACAGGUCGCAGGCGCCUCGAGUGUGGAGGGUUACAUUGCCGCUCUUGUCAAAGGAUGCCGAUGUGUCGAGAUUGACUGCUGGGAUGGCGACGAUGGCCGACCGAUGGUGACCCACGGCAGGACCAUGACCACCAAAAUUCCAUUCGAGGACUGCGUAUCGGUUGUUGCCAAGUACGCCUUCAACAGUACACCGUAUCCGCUUAUUGUCUCCUUGGAAGUCCACUGCAGUCCGGAGCAACAAUUGGCCAUGGUCGACCUGAUGAAGACUUAUUUCCACACGAUGAUGGUCACCGAGCCGAUCGUACCAAACUCUUCUACUUUGCCUUCGCCAGAAGAACUCAAAAACAGAAUCUUGAUCAAAGUCAAGGCUGCACCAGAACACGUUGACCAGUCGCAACUCAUCUAUGAAGCCACUAAUGGUCGCAGCCGAGCACGGAGCCUCACUCAAUCCUUCAAUCGCACGCCGUCCAUGGAGAAUCACAGCACCGUUUCAUCACCGCUCGUAUCCAGCUCGGUCGCGACCAGUCCCUCGGAAUACAAUGCACACUCGACACCGCGCGGCUCGAUCACCUCCGGACCGACCGCAACGCCGAGCAGCUCGGCAGAUGACAGCGACGAUGUUCCCGCCUCAGCAGACAGGAUGAGAAAGAACAAUUCCAACACAAGCCGGAUCCACACCGAAUUGGGCAAACUCGGCGUCUACUCGCAGGGUAUCAAGUUCAACGGCUUCUCUGCUCCUGACGCCCGGACAUUCAACCACGUCUACUCCUUCAACGAGAACACUUUUGAGAAGCAUUUCACCAAGGUCGGCCCUAACAACAAGGCCCUGCUUGAAAAGCACAACAUGAAGUAUCUCAUGCGUGUCUACCCUGGCGCCCGCCGGAUCGACUCUUCCAACUUCAACCCUCUCCAAUCCUGGCGGCGCGGGGUGCAAAUGGCGGCACUCAAUUGGCAAACCUAUGAUGUUCAUCAGCAAGUCAACGAGGCCAUGUUCGCCGCCGGCUCUGACCGCCUAGGCUACGUGCUCAAGCCCGAAGAGCUUCGCCACGCCAAGCACCUCCCCAUCGCCGACACCGUUGCGGAGGCACCCGAGAAAAAGGAGAAGAAAGGCAAGAAAUUGGUCAAGUUCAGCGUCGACAUCAUCUCCGCUCUUCGACUGCCACGUCCUCGAAACCAAACUACCGAGACUGGUGGCAUGAAUCCUUAUAUCGAGUUCGAGAUGUACUCCGCCGAGGACAAGGCUCGCGGGAUCGCCACAGCUGAAGGCGGCACCGAUGCCUCUGCCCGCGAUGGCUCCUCCGGUAUUGGCUCUCCCUUGCGCAAACGGACUCGCAUCAUCGAAGGCAACGGUUUCGACCCGCAGUACAACCAGACCAUCACCCUAGCAGUGGAGACCAAAUACCCGUCGCUCAUAUUCGUGCGAUGGACUGUGUGGAACUCGCCUGAGGGCAAGAACAACUCUUCCAACUCCGUCUUGCUUGCCACCUUUACUGCGAAAUUCGACUCCCUUCAGCAAGGUUUCCGCCACCUACCGCUCUUCAAUCCGCAAGGUGAACAGUACCGCGACGCGAAGUUGUUUGUCAAAAUCAAAAAGGAAGCUCCCAUCUCGCUCUCCAACGAAGACAACGCGUAUGGCAUCAUGGACUUACCGUACGCGAACGGUACCGGCAGCCACGGAGCCAAUUCUCCCCGUCCGACCCGCCCGACGGAGAACGUUUCACGCACUGGAGGCUGGCCGAGGAGAAUUUUCAGCCGUAGCACCAGUAUGCAGCGGAAGAACGAGAACGGAAGUGGAGCCCCGAGUCGCACGAGUAGUACUCAGAGAGCGAGAGAAGGUAGCGAGAUUGGAGGUCCCAUGACGGGAUAUUUCUCUGGAGAAUUGAGUCGGACGAGUAGUAUGGAGAGGGAGCUUUUGAAAUGA